UUUGUAAACUUCCGGUAAAGAAAAACGUGUUUUUCCGAAUAAUAAUAUUAAUUGAUUUAAGCCAUACAUUUAACUAAAAUGAGUAUUAUUCCUUGUGUGACCUGGGUUAAAAGAGGAAAACCAAAAUGUCAUCCAGAAAAGAUGCGAUUAAACAAAGAUGACCUGCAAAGGAUCAUAGAGGAAACCCAAGAGCUGUUAGAGGAGGAAGAAGAAGCAGAGGAGGAAAAGGAGGAUGUUGAUGGUGAAAACACAGAGCCCAGCACCAUUCAGCACUUUGAGGCAGCAGCAGCACUCUCAAAACAGAUAGAAGAGACAGCAGAGGUUGACACUGCUAUCAACAUGGCGAAGAAGGUUAAGAAUGGCAAAGCCAAAACAAAGAAGGGGAAGCAGAUAAAAAGUGGACACAAGGAAGACGACUUUGAGUCUAGAUACAAUAUGGAUGACUAUGAUGACGAUGAUCAAGAGGGAUUGUCAAAUCCCCUGAAAGGCAUAGGAAAUCUAACGGUGUAUGCCAGCAAUACAGAUGACCCCUUCGUGACAUUAAAAGAUGAAGAUGACAGUGAGGAAGAGGACUUUGAAAUAAAGGCUACAGACAACCUGCUGCUCGUGGCCAAGGCUGAGUCAGAUUUCUGCUCUAUGGAGGUUCACGUGUACAACUCUGAGCUGGGGAAUCUUUACUGUCACCAUGACAUCCUGUUGUCCACAUUUCCGCUCGCCAUGGAGUGGAUGGACUAUGACCUCAGAGAUGGCAACCCAGGAAACUUUCUUGCCAUUGCCACAAUGGAUCCCACUAUUGACAUCUGGGAUCUAGACGUGGUGGAUAGUUUAGAACCCCUAGCCACACUGGGACAGAAAGUGAAAAAGAAGAAGAAGGGCAGGCUACAUGUUCCGAGCCACACAGACGCUGUGUUAGACCUCUCAUGGAACCCACUGGCAAGACAUGUAUUAGCGAGUGCAUCAGCAGACCACACUGUUGGGCUGUGGGACCUGACGGAGGGAAAACUUGCCAUGUGGAUCAAACAACACACAGAGAAGGUACAAUGUGUGAAGUGGCAUCCAGUGGAGGAACAUAUGUUGCUGUCCGGGUCAUUCGACAAAACGGUAAAGAUGUAUGACUGUCGGUCUCCAGACACCAGUAACAAGACAUGGAACCUGGAUGGCGAGAUUGAAAAACUACUUUGGAAUAGAUUCUCUCCCCUUAACUUUUUUGCAAGUACGGAUACAGGACACGUGUAUUACAUGGACUCAAGACAGGAUAAACCAGUCUACAGUCUAGCAGCGCACUCAGAGAGUGUCACAGGUUUGAGUCUAAGCAGUGAAAACAGCAGCCUUUUGGUGACCACCUCGUCAGAUGGAAGUAUGAAGGUCUGGGACAUUGAGAACAACAAACCAUCCUGUGUCUAUAGUAAUAGUCUUAAAAUGGGCCAGUUGCUGUGCAUGGAAAGCUGCCCAGAUGCCCCAUAUGUGUUCGCUAUUGGAGGAGAGAAGAAGUUUAAACUCUGGGAUAUCAGGGACAUUAAAGAUGUUUAUCAGCACUUCUGCACAGGGCAGGGGGAGUAUGUUGAUGACCCCCGUAAGGACGAGGCCGAGGACCCUGAGGCUGCCAUGGAGAUAGAGGAGAUGAAGGGUGUCACUGAUGACACGGAGAUGGGUGAUGGGGGCGCAAAAGGGGGUGAAUCUGCACAGGGGGCGAAAAAGAAGAAGAAAAGAAAGAAGAAAAAGCCUAAAACUGUUGUAUGAUAAUACUAUGAUCAUUAUGGAUAUACUAAAAUUAUUGAACUUCUUUCAUUCUUAUGGUGUAAGAUUGGAAGUACAAUUAAUGGUAUAAAAAGGAAAUUACUUGAGUAAUAGAAGAAAUUGCAGGAAGAGGCUGAAAACUGUUUUAUGAUGACAUUAAAAUUGUCAUGUUCCUUUGAUUGUUUGGUAUGAGAUUUAAAGUAGAAGAUGAAAAAUAUCACACAAGUUUUUAGUAGUUACUGGCUUUGUUAAAGAGAACUUUUAAAAUAUUGUUGUUUUGAGUCAUAAUUUCUUAAAAUAAAAUUAUUUUAAACAUGA